AUGACUGGACGCGGAAAAGGCGGCAAGGGCCUCGGCAAGGGUGGUGCCAAACGCCACCGAAAGAUUCUCCGUGACAACAUUCAGGGUAUCACCAAGCCCGCUAUUCGACGUCUCGCCCGUCGUGGUGGUGUCAAGCGUAUUUCUGCUAUGAUCUACGAAGAGACCCGUGGUGUCCUCAAGACCUUCCUGGAAGGCGUCAUCCGUGAUGCCGUUACAUACACUGAACACGCCAAGCGAAAGACUGUCACCUCACUGGAUGUUGUCUAUGCUCUCAAGAGACAAGGCCGCACUCUCUACGGCUUUGGCGGUUAA